GUUCAAGUUUACUGCCUCGUACUAGGCGUGAGAUGCGAAUAGCACUCACACUGUCGGUCUUAUUCCAGCUGAUGUAGUCUCUGAUUGGCACGAUUAGAGGAACAAAGCUACAGAAACCCGUUUUCAUUGGUCAUCUGGCGCGACUUUCAAACUCGUAUACCAUUGUGUAAACUUUGGCAUAUACACUCGACCUCAUUCACAAACAUAACACUGUCUUCUAUUGACGAUCACCUUUAAAUACCGGGCUUUCCCUCACAGUUUGUCAUAUUUGUCUUGUCUGUUCACCGGACUUAUUUGGAGAAUUCAGUGAGUUCGUUUCCACACAGAAACUCCUUUGUGAGUGUGAGUGUGUGCAUUAAGUCGCUAUUCGAUACGUUGACUAGCGUCGCCUUCGCAGGGGCAAGUGGACUGGUGAUAUUUAUAUAAGCACUAUAUAUUUAAACUCUCAUUAGAUAAUCCCUAAUAAGACAAUCAACAUGCUUCAGUUAACUAGUAGUCUUCUGCUCCUUGUUGCUGUUACAAUCUCUCCAAUUGUAGCAAACUAUGUUAUUGAUGUGAAGCUAAUCAAGUUUGAAAAUUUCAAUCGUUUACUGGCCAACAGACGUCAUUGCUCAAACUUCGGAAGUUUACAAUGUCAAACAAGUCUCAAUGUUUGUGCCAGACCUGACAGUAGCACAGUAUCGUGUGAAUAUGGGACGAGAGAAACAGGAGUUAUCGGUGAUAACAUCAUAAACUUAAAUACGUCAUACGUUGGGUCACAACGGAACCCUAUGACACUUGUGGUUCUUCAGCCAUUUCAGAAAUUUAUUGUUUCUUUUACUGCAAAAGACAACCAAGAAUUGAUUGAUAAAUAUGAUUACAACAGCGGAUAUAAUAUGCCCCACAAGAGCAUCGAAGAAGCCAGUUAUCAAAUGCAAACUACGGUUGGUCAAUAUGGAACUGGUAGUCAACUGACAUAUCAAAUACGAACUUACUGCAGCCAAGGCUAUUACGGUCCUAAUUGCGCGAUGAAGUGUGAAAUUCCCAUCAUUGAGCAAGUCAGGUUUAUGUGUGAUAACAACGGUCAAAAAGUCUGCAAGGCUGGUUUCUCUGGUCCGUUCUGUAACCUCAAUGCUGAUGUAUGUCGUAGCUCACCCUGUAAAAAUGGUGCGACUUGUAGUGUGCAAGGUUCUGUGUUUAGAUGCUACUGCAACCCAGGAUACACAGGACAAUAUUGUAAUAAAGGCAUCGACGAAUGCAGUCUGACGACAACUCCUUGUUUAAAUGGUGGUACAUGCGUUGACGGUAUUGGUAACUAUUCCUGUAUGUGUCCGAGUGGUUACACUGGAUUCAGAUGUGAAAUUGGUGUAGAUUACUGUGAUGCACAACCGUGCUACAAUGGAGGCACAUGCAUUUCGAGAGUUAAUGGUUAUAACUGCAACUGCAUGCACGGGUUUACAGGCCAACAGUGUGAGAAAAAGAUGCAACCAUGCUUUUUCGAAACACAGCCAUGUUACAAUGGAGGUACAUGUAUGAAUCGCGUCAAUGAUUUCAUUUGCAAAUGUGUCCCUGGAUUUACCGGAAACAGAUGUCAAAGUGUUCUUUCAGCAUGUCUGUCAGCACCUUGUAUGAACGGUGGUAAAUGUUCGAAUGCGGGAACCUCAUUUAUGUGCCAAUGUCUUCCUAACUUUUACGGUAAUCGUUGUCAAUUUGAAGAUAAAUGUCGCUCAGUGACUUGCCUAAAUGGUGGCCGAUGUGCUACAACUAACUUUGUUGCGAAAUGUGAAUGCCUAACUGGAUUUACUGGUACACAAUGUCAAAUUCUCAUUAAUUCCUGUCAAACCUCACCCUGUCAAAAUGGUGGUACAUGCUAUCCAAAUGGAGUUCAAUUCACUUGUCUUUGCCCUGUUGGAUUCACAGGACAACGAUGUGAACAACCAUUUUGCACACCAAAUAUCUGUCAACAUGGUGGAACUUGUCAGCUUGUAAACAAUCAAAUCACUUGCUUAUGCCUCAGUGGAUAUUACGGAGAUAGGUGCGAGAACACGACCGAAUGCUAUUCACCAUGUCAAAAUGGAGGAAUUUGUGACGUAACCACACGAAGAUGCAACUGCCCUCAAGGUUUUCUAGGGACAGAUUGUUCAAUUAGAGAUGCUUGCGCGUCUAAUCCAAAUGUCUGUCAUAAUAGUGGACGUUGUCAGAUGGUAAACAAUCAAAUUACUUGCAUAUGUCUAAAUGGCUUUUUCGGAGAUAAAUGCCAGUUUUCAAAUCGGUGCUCUCCAAGAUGUCAAAAUGGUGGAACUUGUAACUUAAACACAAGAAUAUGCGACUGUACUCCAGAAUUUGGGGGUCGAGACUGUGGGAUUAGGAAUCCUUGUGCUUCAAAACCAUGUUUGAAUAAUGGACAAUGUUAUGUACAAGAUACAUAUAAUUACACCUGUACAUGUACCUAUGGAUGGACUGGAAAAAAUUGUGAGAGUUUGGUAAGGACUUGUACAACAAACCCCUGUUUAAAUGGUGGACAAUGCUUUCCUAUGGGAAACAACUACGUUUGUGCUUGUCGACAAGGCUGGACAGGACAGAGAUGCGAAUUUCAAAGUGAUCCUUGUACUCCGAACCCUUGUUUUAACAACGGCCGCUGUAGCAGAUUCGGAACGAAUGACUUCUCUUGUUCUUGCAUUAAUGGAUGGUAUGGUAAGCUUUGUGAUCAAAAGAAUCCAGCUGUGAAUUGCCUAACAAACCCUUGUCGUAACGGAGGAACAUGCCUUUAUAAUGCCAACCCAAUCACUUGCAAAUGCCCAUCUGGUUUUAAUGGGAAUUACUGCGAAGUUAAAAUCCCCCAAAUGAACUUCACGUGCCCUAUGGAAUCCGGCCUUUUCCCUGACCCACAAAGUUGCAGACAUUUUUACCAGUGUGAUUGGAAUCAUUCCUACAGAAAAGAUUGUCCUGGAAACUUGCAUUUCAACGAGGCACUACAAGUGUGUGAUUGGCCAAUGAAAGCCAACUGCAACAUUGGAAAAUAAAUACACCUAAAAUGAACUUCUAUAAUCCCCACUAUGUUUCCUAUAAAUCAAGACUGAAUUUUCAUUUCACCGUACGAUGAUAAUUUUUAAUUUGAAAAUAUAUUAAUAAAUAUUUGUUUUCUACAACAAUCACUUUCAC